AUGAGCGCUAACAAUUGCGACAGCAUGACAUAUUUCUCUAACGCCUACAUGCCAGACAUGAGGAACGGAGGUGGACACGACCACCAACAGGCGCACGCGCACUAUGGAGCUGUCCCCCAGCAAGGCCACGAGAUGGACGGCUGCGAUCCGCAGCUCAGACCUGCCCAGCACCAUUAUUCCGCGCAAACGGCGCCGGGAAUGCCCUACCCCAGGUUUCCUCCCUACGACAGGUUGGGAUACUACCAGCAAAUGGAACAGAACGGCUACCGGCCCGAUAGUCCGUCACAAAUGGGUCACAUGGGCCCCAAGACGGACGGCUACGGCCCGAACGGUCACCAACCGCCGGCUCCAGCGGUCUAUACUUCGUGUAAGUUACAAGCGGCGGCGGCGACGGCGGGCGGCGUCCCGGGGAGUCCACCGCUAGAGCAGGCUCAGCAGAUGCCCCAUCAUAUGCACCCGCAACAGCAUAUGGUGCAGCACGGUGUGCCCCCGCACCAGCAGCACCUCAUGUACCCGGUGGACGACAUGCAGCACCAAACGCAGAUGCCCCCCAUGCAUCAGCAAUCCAUGCACGCGCAGCAAGCGCCGCCUCAACAAGCGCCGCCAAACACCAAUGCUUCAUUACCCAGUCCACUGUAUCCCUGGAUGAGAAGUCAAUUCGAACGGAAGCGGGGAAGGCAGACCUACACCCGGUACCAGACCCUCGAACUCGAAAAGGAAUUCCACUUCAACCGGUACCUGACGAGGAGACGGCGGAUCGAGAUAGCCCACGCCCUCUGCCUCACGGAGCGACAGAUCAAGAUCUGGUUCCAGAACCGGCGCAUGAAGUGGAAGAAGGAGAACAAGACCAAAGGCGAGCCGGGGUCUGGUGACGAGCCGGACAACAUGAGUCCGCCCACCUCACCCCAAUAA